AUGCCGCGGCUCUCGCUCUUCCGUCUCCCCGCCAAAGUACGCCGCCGCGUUCGUCGCAACCGCAUGGCCACCCUGCUCUUGCUCCUGCUGGUGUUCCUCCUCCUCAUCGUCCCCUUCUACCUCCUCUACAUUGUCUACCGGCCGCCUACCUACGUCAUCUCCUACCUCAAGACCAAGUACCCGGACGUCCUCUUUGAAGUCAACACCAAUGAGAAGAUUGUCGCCCUGUCGCUGGACGAUGCGCCGAGCGCCCACACGGAGGAGAUCCUCGACAUCCUCAAGGCGAACAAUGCGCACGCCACCUUCUUCGUCAUAGGCGGCCAGGUCGAGGGGCGCGAGCAUAUCUUGCGCAAGGUCAUCAGCCGGGGGCACGAACUGGGCAACCACGCCAUGCGCGACGAGCCCUCCAAGAAUCUCUCCAACGAGGAGCUCGAGAGCCAGCUCCUGGCCGUCAAGGCCCAGUUGACCGCCGCCUACGAAGCCGAGCACCAAAUCCUCCCAAACAACUAUUUCCGUCCCGGGUCUGGGUUUUUCAACUACCGCAUGCGCGACUUUCUGGGGAACCGCGGCUUCAGAAUCGUCCUAGGGAGCGUGUAUCCCCACGACCCUCAGAUUCCCUAUCCCGACGUCAACGCGCGACACAUAUUAAGCAUGGUGCACCCCGGAGCGAUUAUCAUCUGCCACGAUCGACGGCGGUGGACGGCGCCCAUGCUGCGGCAGGUCGUGCCCGAGUUGAAAAGGCAAGGGUAUAAAAUUGUCACGAUUACAGAUUUGAUCAAGUCUGUCGAGCCGCUGGGCGGCCGCUGA